UCGAAAGCUCGUCACAAUGUUGAAACCGCAGUAUCGAGCGGCCCAUCACUAAUUCAUAGCGGCGCUUCGAAAGCUUGACACGUUAGUAUUCAGCAGCACAUCACUAGUUUGUUCUUAUGAGACCCUCGCGGUCAGACUUCUUCGCGGCCAUAAGAUCAAGCAAAGGUGCAGAAGAUUAUCCACACUUGAUGUGUCAACAGACCUUCUGUGUCAGCAGUGCUGUCAGGAUCAGUAAACUCUGAAUUAUACCAAGUUCUGCUUUGCCAGCCCAAUCUAAUACUUUAUCUGUAUGCCACCAUCUCUGCCCACAUAUCUCACAGUUUGCCCCUUUUUUAGACAAACACAGUGACUCCGUCUUAACCUGUGAGUUUGCUCAACUUCAACAUCGACAUCUUCUACUGGGACUGAGGAGUUUAGAGUCUCCUUCUCAUCUCCAGUGUCUUCAUUAUCUGAUGUAAUGUUAGAUAAAUCUCUCUCUCCAUCUCUCUCACUGAUGGUGGUCUGUCGAUUGUCACCUUUACUGUUGACUUUACGUAGUCUAGAAUGGUGGGCCCUUCCAAGAGCACCUCAACAUCUGACACAUUUCACAACUCCAUCCUGUCCAGUGACAUCUGCAGGUCCCUUCCAUUCUGCACAGUCCACUCUUUUGUCGUCCACUUUGUCUCCGAUUUAUCAUUUUCAGAAUUAACCUGUCUCUGGAGUGCUCUCCGUAUUUGCUCUGAAAGCUCAGCUUCAGUACACUGUGUGCACAAUUAUUGGGCAAGGCUUUCCCAUUUCACUUGUGCUUACACUGAGGUGUCUAAUGGCCUCCAGCUCAGGGCUCUCCAUGUGAGAAGUGAAUCUGAAAAGAGAAGGGCAGACACUUAAAGAGAGAGAACCACAGAGCAUGGCCUCUGCGAAAGAAGAUGGCGUGGAUGAAAGAACGGUGGACAUUAAAGAAGAGGACUGUGAGUGGCUCACACCAGAGGAUGUGCGUGUGAAGCUGGAGGAUCACGAAGAAAGAAUUUCAGUUUUUAAACAGGAGGAGGAGUGUCAGGGGGUGACUGCUGCCAUUACAACUGAAGACUUGAAUGAUUUCUCAGUUGGUCUUAAACUUCAAAAGCAAGAAAAUGAGGAUAUUUACAAGCAAGAUGCCUGUGAAGAAUUUCCAUUCAGUUUACAGCCCUGGUCCACUAAUACGGGACGACUGGCAACACAGGAGAAUUAUACAGAGCUGAAAUCAGAGUUAUCAGAGUCUGAAGAGAAAAUCACCGAGGAAAAUGGGAAAGAAGGAGAAGAGUCACCUGGGAGUGUUGGAAUAAAUUUACAGAAGAAUGGCAGCUUCUCUCCAUCUUCAUUUGGUCAGCCCUCUCCUCAAUACAAAGAGGAAGGUAUAGAGAAAUCAGCAAGAGGAUCACAGAACCUGACAGCAGCCUUUUUACAGUGCAGUUCUCUCCCUGCUACUGGAGUAACACAGACAGAAACCAUCAAAACUGACCGACAGCAAGUGGAGAAAGAAAUCCAAAUUCAUACUGGAGAUAAAUAUUAUUUGGAAUGUGGCAAACAAUUCACACAAAAAACUGAUCUUAAUAAGCAUAUGAAGAUUUACACUGGAGACAAACCUCAUUGUUGUUCAGAAUGUGGUAAGUCCUUCUCAUGGAGAAGCCAUCUUCAGAUUCACAGAAGAAGCCACACAGGAGAAAAACCUCACUGUUGUCCAGAAUGUGGUAACUCGUUCUCAUGUAUAAGCAAUCUUCACAACCACAGAAGAAUCCACACAGGAGAAAAACCUUAUUGCUGUUCAGAAUGUGGUAAAUCGUUCUCAUGGGGAAGCCACCUUCAGGACCACAGAAGAAUCCACACGGGAGAAAAAUCUCAUUGUUGUCCAGAAUGUGGUAUGUUGUUCACAAGGAGAAGCAAUCUUCAGAACCACAGGAGACGCCACACAGGAGAAAAACUUCAAUACUGUCGAGAAUGUGGUAAGUCAUUCUUAAGGAGAAGCAGUCUUCAGACCCACAGCAGAAUCCACACAGGAGAAAAACCACAUUGCUGUUCAGAAUGUGGUAAGUCCUUCUCAUGUAACGGCAAUCUUAAGAGGCACAGAAGAAUCCACACAGGAGAGAAACCUCAUUGCUGUCCAUAAUGUGCCACACAAUUUUCUGACAAAUGCAAUUUACAAAGACACACAGAAAUUGAUACUGGAGAGAAGCCAUAUUGCUGUUCUCAAUGUGGAAAAAGGUUUUAAACAUUUGCUCUUUGCAAGUAUACCCACAAACUCCCACUAGUGUGAAAAUGCAGUGUCUAUGUUUUGAAUGUGGCAAAUGUUAUACAAGCCAGUAAGGUCUUUAUCCACCUGCUAAAAUCCAUACUGAAGUAAAAUCUCAUGCUGUUCUGAAUGUGAGAAACGAUUCUUAUAUUUAAUGAGACUUCAGUGCCACAUCAAAACUCAUAUUGGAUAUAAACCUUAUUGUUGUCCUGGAUGUGAUAAGCAGUUUUCACAACAAAGCACCCUAAAGAGUCACAUCAGACGUCACACCAAAGAGAAACCUCACCAUUGCUUGGAAUUUGGCAAACAAUUCUCACACCUCAGUUCUGUUUAUAUACACAGAAAUCAAACUGGAGAGAAGCCUUACAGUUGUAUUGAAUGUGGAAUGCGACUCUACUAUAACAUUUCUCUUCACAAGCAUAAAAUAAUUUAUUCUAGUAAGAAACAAAGCUGUUCUGACUGUGGCAAGCUUUUCUCAGAUAGCACAACUCCUAAAGAUCACAUGAGAAUUCACUCUGGAGACAAACCUUAUUGUUGGCCAAAAUGUGGCAAACGAUUCUCACGUACAAGCAAACGUAGGUGCCACAGAAGGAUCCACACUGGAGAGUAGCAGUACACCUUUUUUGAAUGUGGUAAAGGGUUCUCUUCCAGAAGAAGUUUUCGGAGACACACACAAAGUCAUAUUGGAGUAAAUCCUGUCCCAGAAAUGAAAUAUGAUCUUUCCAUUGGAUCCUCAGGCAUAAAAAAUGAAGGAAAAUCUUCUGAAUGUGGUAAAGGACUCCAUUUGAAACUAGUUAAUAAAUACAUAAGAUUAGUGGAAAAAACACUGAAAGUGGCAAACAGAUCCUACAUGUAAGGUAACCUCAGAGCCACAUAUGAAUUCACACUGGAAUACAACACAUAUUUCACACACAGCAAGAAUCUUCUUCAACAACUUAUAGGUGCAAGAAAAAAACCUCAUUGUUGUUCUAAAUGUGGCCUUCAUAUUCAUAAAUGACUGGCCUAAUUGUGGUAAGCCUCUUACCUGUUGGGAAUGUUGAAAGUGGUCCUCCUGUAUCAGCCAUCAUCAGCAACACAUAAGAUUUCAUGAAGUACUCAAACUGUACUGCUAGGACGUCAGCCAUACAGGGACUGAUCAUCUUUGCACCAGUGCUGUGACAUAAGAUGGUGAAAAAUAUGAACACCAGACAACAGAAUGAGGCAGUGGUAGUACUGUGAGGUGAUUACAAUUUCAACCACAGAACACAACUGAAAAACUUCAAUGUACUAAAAAAAAUGGAGAAAUCAAAUGAAAUCCGCAGUGCAGUGCCAGCUACCAGGAGGUGCCACUGACAGCAUGGGGAAUAUUAAUGUUUCGGAGGUUUGAAGAUGGAGACUUAUCUGAGUAACAAUAAACUUGUACCAUCUCUGGGAUGUUAUCUGAUGGCUGACGCCUGGGCUGAAUGUAAACAGCCUUACUUAACCCUGAUAAUGGAGUCAUUUAGUGACGUCAGCUGACAGCCAAUGCUGUCCAAUCAGAUACUGGGGAGGGACAGUCGAGGAGGACAGGAGACUAAAAAGAGAGACACAUGACAGACCAAUGUAGAGGGGCUUUAUAAGACUUUAACACUAAUUUAGGUCAUCAUUUAUAAAUGAAAAGAGUCUUUACAAACCAAACACAUUAAUCAGCUGUGUGUCAAGGGUGAGUCCAAGAGUGGGAAUUUAAGAAGAUCUAAAUACAAAUAAAAUGAAACAUUCAGGGUUGAAGACCUGUUUAUGACCUGAAGAGUCACAACAGCAUGCUAGAGUUAGCACGGGGGACCGCAGUUGUGAAGAAUAUCAAUUAAUGUAUAGAAGGAAUAUUAUUUAAAAUAAUAACUUUAUGAGAAAUGUGACACCAUUAUGAAAGCAGAAACACACAGGGAUCUCUGCUGCUCCAGCUGUUAAUUUGAUCUAUUAAUGUAAAAAUAUAAAACGGAUGUUACUUUGCUCCAUAUCAGUAUAUCCUGGGGUGGUGUGUGAAGGACGCUCUAUUCUCCGAAUGUGUUGGUUCAGGUUUCAGUUUGAGUUCAGCACCUUCUUCAUAUCGAUGCCCAAGACAACGUUUCUUCACGUUGAGACUACAAGCUGGAGGGCACAGGAGCUCAAUAAACUCCAACAGCAGGAUGGACGAUUAGAAAGCUCUGCUCUGAGAGAGUGUCAGCUACACAAAACUUCGGCUUCAUUUACUUGACAGAAAACUCCAAAAAGCAGAAGUAGCCCCUUCUGUACCCCCACCACUGAAGGUCACAUUUGACCCCCUCACUACUCAAUGUUGGUUCACUCUGCUUGGACUUUCUGUAUUUUCUAAGUGUUUUAUUUUUUGGCCACACUCUUUUUACAUUUUAUUUCUUUGAUGUUCUUAAGGGACUCUUACAAGGACUUAUCUAAAAAGGGUACAUUGGCCAUGUAAUGCAAGAAGGCAGAAAAAUAUAAAAAGUGAAAACCACAAAAUGAAGAGGUGACAUCGAUGAAAUAUACUCAGUGGCAGAGGUGACGUGGCCAAAAUCAGAAAAGACAGUACAGUAAAGGCAGGUACCAACUGAAAACAAAAGAAAGCUGAUUGGUGGAAAGAACUGUCAGUCACUCUUGAGUGGACCGUUGAGGACAGCCGUGACAUGCAGACUUCAAAGUUCAUGUGUUUUUGAUAUCAAAUCUGUGACCAUGCACUGAAUAAGUCAGUUAUUUAUCGGUUAGCAUGUUCUGAAAUGUCAUCACAAAGAUCAAACAAACACGUCAUGUGGAGUUUGUGAUCAGUCACUUUUGUUGGUUUUUAUGACACCAUUCAUCAGCCCUGUAUAGAGUGACACUUCCAGAUCGGCAACCCCACUGCACCCCGUGGCACAUUUGGAAUUUGGGACUGGAGCACAAGGUGGAUGGCACUCUGAGAAGGACAGACUUGUAAGACGUGAACAAAGCCAGCUGCCUUCCCUGGUCUGUCUUCAUUCAGAAGGACUCACCUGAGUGGUGGGAUUGUUCUGCGGCGCUCCUGUUAGCCGACAUUUCAUCAGCUUGCUUUCUGCGUUUCAUCAGAUAACCAGUAGAGUUAAUCAAACACGAGCCAGGCCUGUUACAAUGUGAACGUUCUUGACAUUUUGUUUUACUUUAAAUAUUUUUUCUGCUUCUUUACUUUGAGUUCCUGGAGGCCUUGUACAUUACAGAUUAUUAAUACAUGAGCAUUUGGUGUUAGUAAUGAAUUGACAAUUAAUAAACUGUUUUUAUUGCUAAA